AGUAGUUCCGGUGCCGCGCUGGCCUUUGCUUCGUUCUGGGAGAUGCGGUGAGGGCGGCUGGACUGUGCCUUGUGGGCCGCCGUCAUGGCCAACGUGUAUUCUUUGGACGGGCUGCUGGUGUUUGGCCUGCUCUUCGUGUGCACCUGCGCCUACUUCCGGAAAGUCCCUCGGCUGAAAACCUGGCUGCUGUCGGAGAAGAGGGGGGUCUGGGGGGUAUUUUAUAAAGCGGCAGUGAUUGGUACCAGACUCCAUGCAGCAGUGGCAAUAUCCUGCAUUGUCAUGGCUUUUUAUGUUCUCUUCAUAAAAUGAAUCCCAGGAUCUUGGAUGGACACUGUUUGAACGAAAAUGCUAAAAAAGGCAUAUAUAUUUUGCUUCAGAGGACAAAAUCUCUUAGAGAAACUAACACAGCAUCUUGCACAGAUGUCAAGAGGAAAAUUCCCUGUGACCAAGCUUUGUUUGAGACCAAGGGAGUGGCUUUUCUAAUGGCAACUAUCCUCUGUGCUUCUAGUAGUGCUCAAACAUUAUCAACAAAGAUUGUUUCAGUGCAGAUUAUUAAAAUCAAUAUUAUAGUCUGCACAAAGAAAAUGUCACAAGUUUGUGUGUCACUAAUCUAAAUCAGUAAGGAAAUUGUGUCAAAUAGAAACAGAUAAAGUUUUCCAGGGAAUGGCCCAGUGUGGAAGGGGGAAGGGUUAAUGUUCCUGGUCCGUUAAAGGGAAUUGUUUUGAAUUCCAAAAAUGUAAUAUGAGCGUCAAAGGAAGACAGAAUUACUUUUGUUAACAGUUCUUUGAUUAAUGCACUUUUGAGACUUGGAGCUAAAACUAUCCUAAGAUUAGUGACUAGGUGUAGUAUAUGAGCUAGUGGCAUUAUGAAAGCUCUCUGCACAGUUCAGAGAAGGGCAAAUGUGCUAUUUAUUCAUGAAAAAAGAGAUCUGAAAUAUAAGAAAACAAAUUCUAUUAGGUGAUAUAUUCCUGUGCCCCUUCAAAUAUUUAUCGUAACUUCUUAAAAUGGUUAAGAAGAGAAGCUGCACAUUCUGUGUAGCUAAGCUAAUCAGUAAGAAUUGUUGUUUUGAACAUAGCCACAGUUGUUGGAUGCUUACAUGUUGGAAAAAGCAGUAGGGACGUGUGUUACACAAGUUAAAAUUUUAAAGAUCAUAACUUGUAUAUUUUGGGCAGUGUAAAAACUUUAAAGAUAACAAUUCAUGUUUGUUUUCUGUAUUACUUUUAAUGAUCCACUUCUUCCCCACCCCUCAGCUUCUCCUUUUCCUCUGAAUUUUAAUCGUAGGAACUAAUCUCCUACAGUAGGAGAAGUAUGUUUAAGUUGUACAUUUACAAUGUUGAAAAUGCUUGAAAGGUCUAAGAUUACAGACGAUUGCAGCAUUGAGAUCUAAUUUAUUUUCUUCUGUUGUAUGUAUGAUACCAGUUAGAUUGAAAAGACUGUCAAUUCCCACCCCCUAGUUUUUAAUCUUUUAUUACAGGCAAGUACUGUCAUCAAUCACAUGUCUAUAAAUCAGAAACAAAUAUACUGGAGCCCUGACCUGGCCUGUAGGUAUUCCAGUAAUAUAUGUCUGAAUAAAUUUGCUUUAUUUUUCUUU